ACGUGACUCCAGCGGACGUUCUUCAUCUCACAGCUCUCUCUCUCAGUGCUCAUGAAGUUCAGCUCUUAUCAUCGCCCGUCUGUCCAGCGAUCUCUUCGUCUGAUCCACUUAUUAUAGGAAUUAAUUUCCGUCCGGAGAUGUGACUUCGUGAAGUGAUUUUGUGGGAAGUUUGUGGUUAGGUUCGCCGGAUGCGUUGGACACGUGCCCUAUGUUCUGUAGAUACCAUAAUUUUGUUGAUGGAGAGCAUUUCGAAUGACAGCCGGCACAGUGGUCAUCACAGGUGGAAUUCUGGCUGCCGUCAUCUUGCUCACUAUUGUCACAGUUCUGUGUUACUGUAGGCUGCAGUAUUACUGCUGUAAAAGAGACGAGUCGGAGGAGGGGGAGGAGGAGGCUGACGCUGCCAAGGCGUCGUCAAAUCCCCUGCGCCAGCCGAGUCCACCUGAGAGCCCGCUGAGUCUCCAGCAUUUCCCUGAAUACACGUCCUCCAAUCAGCUGCUAAUGACUGCGGAGCCUUUUGAGGCCAACGGACCGGUCAGUUACCCUCAAUACGUCCCGCGGGCGCCCUACAGGCCGCCCCGCUCGUACACUUUCUGCCCGUCCUGCUCGGGGUAUCUGCCGCUCUACAUGAGCCCGCAGGAGGGGCUGCGUAACGGAGGCGGCAGGAUCAGCUACAGGACUCUGCAGCAGGAGGAGUUAGACCUGCCAAUGGAGACGCCCAGCUUCCACAAACUCAACCUCAUCCGCUCGGUCACCAUGCAGGAAGUGCUGACGCAUCACAGCAUCAGCACCGACGUGUAGCACCUCGCGUUCACCUGAAGUAUUCUGUCAUUCACUUUCAUUAUGCUGCUUUCUGUAGCCGACGCUUUAUACAUCAUCUCCAUUCAUUCGUUCAUUGAUGUACUCAAAAAGAUGGUCACGCACCAGUGUGAUUUUAGUAUUAGUAUUUCAUUUUUAUAUUUUCCAUUUUUAUUUUUAUUUUUAAUAGAAAAGAACUCUUUCUGUUCUCUUUCUAUACUCAUCCCUUCUUGUCCUACAGCUUUUACUACUCUGAACAAUGACUGACAACUUGUAUAACAGGCACUUCUGUUUAUUUCCAUCUUAUGAGAAAAUCGUUUGUUGUAUUCCUCAAUUGUAAGUUGGUUUGGAUAAAUGCGUCUGCCAAAUUAAUAAAUGUAUUAUUUUUAUUUCUUUUUACCUUUUCCUUUUUUAGAUAAGUACAUCAAGUUGACAAAAUCUAAAUGAGAAUUGUUAUUGUAAUUUAUUAUUUAUAUAAUAUUAUAUGUUUUUUUAAAAUUAUUAUUUAUUUGUAUUUCAAACCAUGUUUUUUAUAGUUUUGGUUUUAGCUUUAUUUUAAUUUUUUUUUUUACGUUAAUUAUAAAAACCUAAUAAUUCGCUGUAUCUUUUAACCCUAAAAUGCAAUCCAAUAUUCAAAAUACAAAUGAAACACAUGUCAAAAAUCGAUAAUUCAUAUUCAUAUUCUAUUUACGUACUUUUUUGACAGUGUGUAAUAAAACAUAUUUGCUUUAUUAUUUAUAUAUGUCAUUAUUACAUAUAUAUGUAACUAAUAGGGCUUUUCAAGGGCGUGAGAACCGAAGAGUAACAUUUUGAUAUUUCACAGUUUUUUUUUGUCUAUCACAGAUAUUUACUGCUGUAGUGAAGUAGAUGAUGAAAACGUGUAUUUGGUAUGAUGAAAUGGUGUGGAUGUAUAGUAUAUUUAAUUUGUGAAAUGAUAAUGCCACCUGCAGUCAUAGUUUUACAUGUAGGAUUGUGAAGUUUGUGUAAUCUAUUUAACUGACGGGUUUUAUAAUUCUCUGCAUUCUCAUCUUUCGGUGUGUAGUGCCACUCAGUCUGCGUUGAUUUUGAUCUGAAGUCACCAGAAUAAUGAGCUGUUAUUGUCUUUUAUCUUUUUUAUUUGUUGAUAAAUGCAAUAUUUGUUAAUAUCGACUGUGUGAGGAUUUUGUGACUGAUUUCAAGCUCUUACGGUGUGAUAAGUGGACAUAUUUAACAGCACGUGUUGUUUGCUGGCCAGCGGGUUCUUGUGCAGAAAAAAAAUAUAAUUGGUCAAU